AUGCUUGUUAUUGAUGAAAAUAGCAGAAUUUCAUGGUAGGAAUUCUUCAAUCAUAAAGCUAUAAAAAUUGAAUAAGAUCCUAUAUAUAUAUUAUCAACAUAAGAUUCAGUUGAAGAUUUGACUUUAAAUAAUUUUGUAAUUUAAAGUGGAAGUCUAAGUUUAUCAGACAAAGAAUAGGAUGAAAUAUAAGAAUAUGGAAGAAUAUAGACAUUGUAAAUCUAAAAGUUAUUAAUAGAAAUUAUUUGGCUCAUUAAAAUAUUUUGAAUAGAGCUAGAAAAGCAAAAUAUCAAGUAGCCAAGGAAUUGGAAAGUUAAAAAAAAACUGAUUCAGCAAAUUUGAUACCUGAAGAUUUAUAUAUCAAGUCUAUGUUUUUACUUUACAAAAGGAUUUAUUUUGUUUAUCAUCCAUAAAUUAGAUGCUUUUGUUUGAUUGCAAUGAAGCAGGUAUCAUAGAGAUUGAUCCACAGGAUUGGCUAGAAUUAAUGACUUCUGAAUAUCAUUAAAAUGAUUUGUAAAAAAUAAGAUAGAGUACUUAAAGAGAUUUUGAUAUCUCUAGGAAAGAAUUCAUAAAAUGGAAAGACUAAUUAUAUGAUGCUUAAUUUCAAUUAAAAAAGUUCUCUAUUACAGAAAGAGGAGAUGCUUAUAAAGAUAGCAGUAUAGAAGAAAAUGAAUACUUGAUUAUGGCAAUAAAUGAUAAUUUUAAAGAAUUGUUUUUAAUUUUAGCUUAACAACUAGAACCAAUAUAUUAAUAAAUUUUAGAAACUUAAAAACCUAUUAAUAAACACCAAAUAUACAAUGAAAAGAAAAUUGAUACGAUAUUUGUCUAUGAUCUUAUAAUAUUUUUAUGUUUCAGAAAUAUUGUUAAAAAACCAUAAAUGGAUUGCUGUAUAUAGAUAAAUUUUCAGAAAUAUUACGAAGAUAGGAAAAGAAUUGAGGAAAUAGAAAUUUUAUAUAGAAUUUAAAAGUAGUAUUAAGCUUGGAAACAACAUUGA